AUGUCCGUCAUGCUUCGUAACAUGGCUCUGCUAUUAUUUACUUUGUUCUCCUGGCGGGCCUUUGCUGCUUCGGAUAUCACAUAUUGCUCUUCGGUGAAUACGGGAGCUUCGAACUCUGCUAAUGUCAGUGUGUAUCAAUCAAAUGGACUUUGUACAGACACAUGUAAUUCCGACUAUGCUUUCGGGAUUCUUCAAGGGAAGAGUUGUUGGUGUUCGAACAUUGCGCCCAACAAAGCGACCAACGUUGAUACGACGAAGUGUGAUACAGGGUGUCCCGGGUAUCCCGAUGAUAGUUGUGGAAGUGCGUCCAAGGGUGUUUUCGCUUAUAUCCAGAUGAACUUGCAUUCGCCAUCGGGAACAGCCACUGUUUCGUCGAGCACGUCGACAUCUACUACAGAGUCAUCGACAAAAUCGACGGACUCUUCCAAAACCACAGAAGCACCUACAACGAGCUCAACUCAAUCAAUCGAAACCGUUGCCGGAGAAGUCAAAACGAUCACGGUCCCCAAUGCAAAGCCAACGGCAGAUUCAAGUGCCGGCAUGUCUGAGAAGGAUAGUAGUAGCAGCUCGGGCUUAAGUGGAGGCGCAAUUGCUGGCGUGGUAGUCGGCUCGCUCGGCGGCUUGGCUGCUAUUAUAGCCAUCUUCUUCUUGAUCUUCUUCAAGAAACGCCAAGCGCGUUCGACAAGCCCAAGUCCAAGCGUCUCAAAUGGCUUGCUGGAUGGUAGAAACAGCAAAGGGUCUCAGAUGAGCGUCGCGAAUCGAGCAUUCUCGGAUACCCAUAGCCAUACAUUAUCUGCCGGAUCCUCAAGACUACCAACGUUUACCGAUACUCGCUUGAAAACGGAUACUGUACUGUACGCAGGCGGCCGUCGUGACAGUGACGUGUCGCUUCAGGACAAUGAAGACUAUUCUCGGCCAGUUCUUCGGCUUACGAACCCCGACUGA